AUGGUGGAAGAGUGGUUGGAAGAACAGUUCUUCUGUCCACCUGGAUUACGACUGCGAGCCAAUGAUGACGUUGGAAGGAUAUAUUUGAGGAAAAGCGAGGUUUCAGAGGUUUGGCGUAUGUGCUAUGCUACGCUGAAUGAGCGUCCACAAUGUGAAAUUCUUAAUGCCGUGGAAGCCCAGUAUAUUGGAAUAGCUACGAAAGCAAAUAUGAAGGAGGUCUCAAAAUAUGACUUACUGAAAGGAGCUCGAGUAGUGUUCCCAGCUCCACCACGAUCUAUAGGGAGGAAACCCAUGCAAUACGUUCAAAUUGAUAUCUUGCUUAUGGAGGAAACUGUUUAUGGCGAACGGUCAUACAGCCAAGCGCUAUUUCUAACUGAUCUUUACUCUGGCUAUUGCUUUGCCCGGGCUCUGACUGACAGUCCUGAUCUAGCUAUCAUUGUCCGUCAUGUUAUGGAUAUUUUUGGAUCAUUUGGACCUCCUGGU